UGCAAAAAAUUGAGGAAAACCAUCACGAACGAUUGGCGUCAAGGGAAGAGAGUCGAGUUUUAAGCAUUAAUUUGUUGAGGGAGACAGUUGAAAACAGUGCACAGACGCUCACAAGGGAACGUUUUAUAGGAAAUUGAUGUGUAUUUGACGUGGAGUUGGGUACAAGAGUGCAUACAAGAUGGAUAUUGCUGAGCCUGUUGAAAAAGCGGCGGCGCUUCAUGUGGAUGCGGGUGAGAAGACAAAGAUUGUAGUGGAGACGGAGGUUCACACGAACAGUGACUCCUUGAAGCGUCGCCACUCCACAGAACUCAAGCCGGAAAAUAAUGCGAAGAAGCUCAAGACGAGCAACAAUGGCGAGAGUGUCGAGGAGGAUGAUGACAAUGACCUGAUUGCCAAAUUGGACGCAAUUCCCGCGCCGGUGUUGAACAAGGAGAUCACCAAGCCGGCGGAUCUGCUGAAGAAGCUCGAGGAGGAUGGCAAGCGGGAUGAUCUGCUGGAGCGCAUGGAGCGCAUUGUGGAGGGCAAAUCGCUUGCAAACAGCACGCGACAGACGGAGACGGAUGAGGCUUUCAUGGCAAAACUCGAGGAGGCCACGAAGCCCAAGGAAGAGCCUAAGAAGGUGACUGAGGAGAAGAAGGCGUCAGAGUCGCCACAGAAGGCCGCCGAAGUGAAUGAUAAGCCCAAGGAGGAGUCGAAGAAAGUGGAGGAAAUCAAAAAGGACGUACCGAAGCCUGAGGAGGUGCGAAAAGAGGAGCCCAAGCCAGAAGUGAAAGUUGACAAGGUGGAGAAGAUGGAAGUGGACGGAGAGAAGCCUUCGCCGACUAAGAAGCCCACAAAGGAGAAGAACGAUGAGAAUGUCAUCUCCUCGACAACAGGAAGUGCCAGUUCUGCUCCCAAAGCUGUUGAGGCUAAGAACUUACCUGCAGACACUGCCAACAUUCCAUCUCAGAAAUCUCCCGAGGUGACAUCCAUGGGCGACGUGAAGCAGGACGUGAAGGUGGACGCCAAGGAUAAGACUAGUGUGGCGGAGAAGAGCGAGCCUGUGAAGGAGAUGAAAGAUGCUGAAGCCACGCCUAUGAAAUCGUCAUCGGAUGAAAAAGUGCUGGAUUCGGGAAAAGUCCAGAAGCAGCGCAAUGGAGUCCUCACAUCGAUAGAUAUCGCCAGCACGACGCUGGAUGAGAAGGAUGUGAAGGCGGAGAGCACAGAUGCGGCUGAGAGGGGUGACAAGACGGCUGCAGAUGCUGUGGCGAUAUCCAAUGGCAAGGAUGCGGGAGAGUCGCUGGUGAAGGAGAGUGUUUAUGAGGUGAAUUUCUGCUUUGAGGAGAACGAAAUCAAGUAUCUGUACAUAGACAAGGUGGAUAAGGAUGGCCAGAAGAGUGACGAUGCGCCCAGCACCUCGUCGAAUGGCGACAAGACCGUGUCACAGUCUGGCGAGAGUGGAUCCAAGGAGGCGACGGAGAAGUUCGCUGUUCCGGCGCUGCCCAAGAGCACAGUCACAAUCAAAGGAAUCUCAUCACUUUGUUCCUUCAUCGUGGAGCGCAUGCGAGAGUUCAGUCCGGAGGAGGAGGCCGAGGAGAUGGGAAAGAAGAAGGGCAAGAGCUUGGGCACUAAAUCAGCCACAUCCACGCCUAAGAGUCAAAAGUCCACGCCUGUGGCCGCAAAGGCGUCCACAUCGAGUCGCCGGGUGUCUGGCAAGACGGCCACGCCGGUAGCCAAGGAGUCGCCAGCCACGAAGGCUGUCAGCGGCGUCCAGGAGGGCAAAGUGGGCUAUGCCGUAAUGGCGCGAUGGGUGGACAAGAUGUACUACGCGGGACGCGUGUCGGCGGAGAAGAGUGGCGGCAAGUUCGCGAUCCACUUCGCGGAUGGGGCGCUGAAGACGCUGAAUCGCGAUCAGAUUGUCUUCGGCCACGGAGACCUGUUGCCAUUCCUCGACCAGUCUGUGCAUGCCCUCGUGGAGGGUGACACGUACGAGCCGGGCCUGGUGACGGAGGUGACAAUGGACCAGGACGAGCAGGUCCUGUACACGGUGGUGACGGAGUCGAAGACAGUGGUGCGCACGGCGUCGGACAUCUAUUUGGAGGAGGAUCAGGCCAAAAAUCUGCAAGCGGCAAUCAAGAAGGAUCCCCAGACUGGACUCAUGGACCUGAGCACGGCGAAGAGAGUUCGCAGGGAGUCGUCAGCUUCGGAGUCCGAAGCCUCUGGACGCAAGGUGGGCCGCAAAUCGGAUCCCAAGGAGGCCGAGGCUGGAUUCUCCGGCGGGGAUGCCAAGAAGGGACGUCGUGGAAAGAGAUAAAAUCAGAACGUGUAGAAAUGGAGAAUUUUUCCCAUACAUUAUGUUUUCCCACCUUUAGGACUUUUUUGCUUUCUUCUCUUGAAGAGAACACAAAUAUUAAGACAGAGAAUACAUAAUUUGCACAAUUCGAUAACAAAGUGAAAGAGGAAGAAUAUUGAAAAGAGAGAAAAGAAAUUUGAAUAAUGAGGAGUGAAAAGGAGAUUUUGAAGUAAACAAUAGUUGAUACAUGAUUGAUAGCGUCAUAAU